AGUUUUACUAGUUUAUCACCAACCUACCUUCCCUCCUGAGGUGUCAUCCAUUUUGCUAGAUUGCAAUUACGUUACUGGAAUUGUCAGUGUUGGUGUGCAACUGAAAAUAGUAGUUUUAGUCCGUUUCUUGUUGAUUUUAUGGCCUGAAAUUCGUUUCUAGAUUUCAUAGCCACAAUUUGUCAGGUAAAUUGAGGGAUGCAGACAUGAAUAGCAAAUAAGGAGAAGUGUGUUAAAAUCAGAUGUCCAAACAAUAUUUCUUUUGUUUUCACAGAAGUGAAAGGAAGUUUAAGUCUUAACUGUUUAUUUAGACAGCAAAGGAACAGACUAAGAAAGCAAAUCUACGCCUAAGAUACUUAUCCUUAAUCUGAUAGAGUAGAAACAUUCCUAUGGAUUUAAAAUUCCCAAAGUAUCUUCUUAAUUUUCAAAGACGACAACAAAAAACUAUUAAGUGAUUCCUUCCCAGUCCCCUCUCUCUUUGACUCAUUUGUGUUAUGUGUCAUUAUACAUUGAGCAUGACUUCAUUCGGGAGGUCGAUAGACGCACCAAGUAAUUAAUAUUUUUCUCGUUCCUUCUCCUCUUUCUUAUUGUAUAAAAAAAUGGAACUUGUCUUAGUUUGGAAUGAGUGAGCGUAAAACGAAAAUGAAGCUUUCAUCUAGAAGAAAUGGCACACUUGUGCCGGACGAUGAUGAUUCGGACUCUGACCUCCAAGAAUUCCCUCUUCCCAAGAAGAGGAUUAUCAAGCCAGGAAAGUCCACGUAUGUUGCAAGACGGCGCUGUGGCUGCUGCCGAGUUUGUGCUUCAGUGUUCCUCUCGAUACUUCUCAUAGCUUCCGUUCUUUGUGUAUUAGUUCUGGGAUGGUUUAGUUUAAGGCUCAAGCGUGAUUUAGACUUCAUGAGGAAAAGAUUAAGCAAAGUGGAAUCAUUUGAUAGAAGCACUUCAAGGGAAUAUGAGAGCUUGAAUAAUGAGCUCACUAACAAGUACAAGGCCUUAGAAACUGACAGAGAAAAAGCCGUGAAACAUGAUGAUGAACAAUUUAAAUCAAUUCUUAAGCAGAUUGCGUAUUUAAACUUAACAGUGGAUGAAUUAAAAAAGAAGGUUAAGCUACCAGAAAGUGCAAGCACGUUGACAAAAGAUAUUGAUUCACUGAAGAAAGGAAUGGCUGACACAGGAGGCGAUAUAACAGAGAUUAAGGACAAAAUUAAACUGCUACGAGAUUUAGCUGAUAAACAGGAGCAUAGAAUGGAAAAGUUAAUCAAAAAUGUUUAUAAUCUUUCAGUUCAAGUAGCUCAAAUAAUGGGAAAGCCAACUCCCAAAGCACCAGCAAACACUGGUACCCCACCCCUUAUUUUAAGAAUGCCAGUGAUUGCUGACGAGAAACAAAAAGCAGGAGAUGAAUCAGUGGUGAAGAACUUCACAGCACAAAUUUCAGUGAAAGUUGGCAAGGUUAUGGGAAUUCUGACAACCAUCAACCAGACAUUGUCCUAUGAAGUGUCCAAAUUAGGACUUUUGAUGAAGAGCUUGUUGAAGGAAGUCAAAAAACAUGUUGUAGCUCUUGAUGACUUACAAACUAAAGUAACACAGGUUUUGAAACAAAACCAAAGCAGUGUAACCUCAAGAGGUCACCUUCAACCAGACAGUGACAUGCUUUCAGAGCAUGUCUCCAAUUUAUCAGUUGAAGUGAAAAAGCUAUCAGAUUAUGUUGACCAACAGUCCAAGAAUCUGGCUGAACUGAUGCUAGAAAUGGUACAAAUGAACACAACUGUUUCUCAUCAACAAAGUCUCGGUGCACCCAAGAAAUCUGCUUAUUGCAAUUGCUCUGUGGAAGUUGGAAAGAUACGGGAACAGUUAUCAAGCAACAAAUUGAGCAUCGAAUCACUGCAGCAAGAACUUCAAGCUCUUCAAAGUAACAUAGAAAGUUUGCCAAAAAAUACCUCACAACUUGAAACUACAGAGUCAGACCUUUCUGAGGAAAAGCAGAAAAAGGACAACCAAAGUCUAAGUGCUAGUGUCACAGAAGACAUAGAAAAAGAAGAUCUUGAGGAUGCUGGACUUACGGCUGAACUUAUCAAGCCAUCGCCUACACCAAGAAGUAAUGCCAAUAACUCUGUGUCAAAAGUUAAUAAGGUUACAGAAAGUGUAACAGAAAAUCCAUCUGAGAAAAAUGAACUUGAAGCUGAAAGUGUAAAACCAUCACCUUCACAAAGGGAUGGCAGUCACACGGCAUCAAAAGCUGAUAAACUAAAAGAACUUUCUGUAAAUGCGUUACCACCUGGACAUGUUAAAUCAACACAGAAUUCUACACAGCCUUUAAAUGUUACCACAGUACCUCAGGUCUCCUCCAUCAACGCUACAAAAGACAGUCAAAAUUCAUCUUCUGAUCACAAGAUUGACGUAGAAGUUGAAAAGUUAUCAACACCCAGCAAAGAAAAGGCCCUAGAAGAUAGCCUGGAGAAUCGAGGCUCAGAUUAAACUUAAAAUUUACUAAAAAGGCUUUGAAUGUCUUUUUCUAUGGGCGGUAUAAUGAAGUCAAGUGUACCUAAUUAUAGUUAAUAUAUAAAGAAUUAUGGUUCAAUACAGUUUUGAUGUAAAAUAGCCAAUGCUAUUGACAUGAAGUGAAUUUUGAAAGGUCUUUUAUAUCAAGAGUUAGAAUUUAUCAACCAAUUUGUCUCGACUGAUAAGUAAAGUUAAAAAGAUUUGGUAUUGAUAGGACAGGUGUCCAUCUUUCUUUUUUUUGGGAUCCUUUUUUGACUUAAGUUGGACUGAAAUUGCCUAACCUGUUUCAAGAAUAUUGUAUGUCGUGAGGUUGGGUUCAAAGAUUCCCUGGCGUUUCUUCUGUCGUUGACUGAAAAUUUAAACAAUGUGAUUGCAAGUCCAAUGAUUUGCAUCUAAUUGAUGAUUGCCUAGUUGCAAUCAAAAAGUAAUUUCUCAUUUUCUGCACCAACUUUGUACUGAGACAAUUUGAACAAGUGUUGCAAAUGAGAUAAUUCAAGCAACAUGAUGAUGCUCUCUCAAACUCAAAGUGAAACAGAUAAACGAUUCUAUUUCCAACAAAUGAACGAUACUAUUUCCAAUAAACGGUGUUCUUCAUGCUUG